AUGGAGUGCCUCAUUUUCCGCGUUUUUGGUAGCCUACGUGCAGCUGCAUUAGCGGCGAAACCCGCAAGAUUCGAGCAUGCGAGAGUGGUCAGCUUUCUCAAGGUCAAGGUGCGAUCCCAAGCGAGGGGUUUGGCGUCCAUUUUGGUUGACAAUAGAAACUACACAACUCAGUCUAAAGGAUACAAUGUGGUAGUUCUUGAUCCGCUGUCAGGUCGUUUCCUCAUCUCAGCUGCGUUUGAUUGCGCAACGCACCAAGCUGAGUGCGACAAGCUAGGUGUGUUCCUGAAAGGCUUGCCUCAGGAUGUUGUUGUGUUGCUGGCUGCACAAGGCCCCGCUGUUGUCACUGGUCACGUGCUUCCAACGAAGGAAUUGAAAAAAGUAGGCGCCAAUCAUGCUGAAAAUGUUUCUGCGCAAACUCGCCACGCAGUCAUUGGAUAUAAAGGACAGAUGAAGGGAGUGACGUGGAUAAAGGAGAUCUUGAGCGACAAAGGAUCGGCCGAAGUAUCAUCAAGUAUUCCAAUCCGUUUUUCAUACAAACCAGAAGAUUCUACAUGUUGUACCCCGUUCAAUGUGGCGUCCCAGAAGUAUGGAGGCAGUUGUUUGAAUCAGUCCUCCAGUUGGGGAGCCUUAGAGAUUUGUCAACAUGUCAUUGAUGGAAACAUAAGUGUUGGCUGGAACUCGUCGUUCAAGAAUGAAAGCAUCGAUAGCGUCAACUCUUCCAUCACAAUUGGUUUUCACUCAAUCGUCGUCAUCAAUAAACUAAGAAUAAGGCAAAACGCAACUACCAAUCAACAAAUCCAGGAAAUUUUGUUGGAGUUUAGUGACAGUACCAUGGAAAAGAUUACACUGACAGAGAAUCGGUCUGAUUUUGAAGAGUUUUUCUUCACGUCACGUAAGGCAAGUUGGGCUAAGUUUACAAUUACAAAAGUGAAUGGUACCAGCGGAGGGGCCUGGAUACAAGAAAUUGAACUUUACGAUGAUAAGUGCGAUCACAAAACAUUCUGUGACACCAUACAGCUUUUGAACCACAGUCGAUCGAUUCACUACCGCUUGCAAAGUAACCAGUUGGCACUACUGAUCGAAGCUGAGGCUGAUGUUUCGGUGCUUCUCACAAGUGACUCACAAGACACUGAUUAUCAAUACAAGAUUAAGAUUGGUUCAAACGGGAGUAUCACUUUGAGUAGCAAGACCAACGAAUGUGAACAACGGAUCGAAUUGAACGUUACUUUGUUGAAAGACAACGAAACACGGCCAUUCUGGCUGGAUAUACAAACGGACCGGUUGGUUUUUGGUUCCGGAGAACAGAUUUACCUAUUCUGGAGAGAAGCAAAACUGAUCAAGAUCAAGUACGCUGUCUUUAACACAACAACUUCCCCAGCCUCGUUUCAGAUCUGUCCAAUCAUGGGAGUCAUUAAACGUCUCAAUAUCACCGUGAGAUCUGAAGCACAUCAUACAGUUGGCAGGAAUUUGCCAAAUGGUUUGGCUUUCAUUUGGGUUAACAAUGAGAACUAUGCUCCACAGAAAAAAGGGUACAAUAUUGCAGUUUUUGACGCCCUGUCAGGUCGUUUCCUCACCUCAGCUGCGUUCAACUGCUUUACAAGCCAAGAUGAGUGCGACAAGCUGGGUGUGUUCCUGAAGGGCUUACCUUCGGAUGCUAUAGUUUUGCUGGCAGUACAGGACUCUGCAGUCGGCUCUUACAAACUUCCAACGAGUGACCUAAUCGGCAUUGGUGCACAAAAAGCUAACUGCGUUGUUAGGCAAACUUCUCACGUUGUUAUUGGAUACAAAGGACAGAGAAGUGUGACGUGGAUAAAGGAAAAUUAUAAAGAGAGCGGUGGAGAGCCGGCUGUAGUGUCAUCAAGCAUUCCAAUUAGCUUUCUGUACCUACCAGAAGAUUCCACAACCUGUACUCCGUUCAACGUGGCCUCACAAAAGUAUGGAGGCAGCUGUUUGAAUCAGUCCUCGAGUAACGGAGCUUCGAAUGGCUGCGAAAAAGUCCUUGAUGAGAGCACAGCUAUUGGCUGGAAGUCGUCUACGAAUGAGAGCGUCAACUCCUUUUUCGAAAUCGGUUUUCACUCCACUUUCAUCAUCAACAAGCUGCGAAUUAUGCAAAAUACGACUUCAGGACGACGGAUCCAAAACAUUUUGUUGGAGUUUAGCGACCAUUCAGUAGAAAAUAUCAGCCUUAAAGAAAACUCAUUUGAUUUUGAGGAGUUUGUCUUCUCAUUCCGCAAAGUAGACUGGGUUAGAUUCACAAUAAUAGAUGUGUAUAAUGGCAGCGGGGGAGUUGGAAUACAGGAAAUUGAAUUCUACAAUGGAAUGUGCAAACAAAAAACAAUUUGUGACGCCAUCCAGCUCUUAAGCCACAGCCAAUCAGUUCCCUACCGUCUACACUCCACUCAGUUCCCGCUGAUGAUCAGCUCAAGAGACAGUGUCUCAGUGUCACUCACAAGUACUUCACGCGUCGACAGCCAUGGAUAUAAGAUUGAAAUUGUUGCCAAUGGGAAAGUGAUCUUGAAAAGUAACGAUGACGAGAUUAAACGAGUGAUGAAAUCCAACGUUACUCUGUUAAAAGAAAACGAAACACGGCUAUUUUGGGUGGAGAUACAAGCGGAACGAUUGGUUUUUGGUUCCGGAGAUAAGAUUUACCUGUUCUGGAGGGAUGCGAAACCAAUCAAGACAAAGUAUGCUUUCUUCUCAACAACGAGUUCAACAGCCAUGAUCCAGGUCUGUGCACGUAUAGAUUAUUGCUACAAAGACGCUUGUCAUUAUUGGCCAUUGGACAAGUCCACAUUUUAUCAACAAGAUUUGAAAGGUGACAAAUCUCUGCCGGGAAAGAUACACGGUCCGUGGAUCCUACAUUACUUACCUGCCAACCUAAGCUUCACACCGCUGGCACUUUCCCCCUCUGGCUCGCAUUCUUGGAUUGAUCUUGGUUCCAAAAAAGAAAACGAAGAAAGCUGUCUUUUCAGCCCUUUGCAUUGCCAGAACGGAAUUUCUGUUAGCUUUAAAGCCAAUCUUUCAGCAAACGGAAUUGGUUACAUUUUAUCUUCAGGCGGGCAAAGCUCAGGUGGUUUUUCAAUUUACCAUGUCGAUGAUGUCAUGCAUUUUAAUCUGCGUGAUGGUCAGCGGAUCUGGCAGGUCCAGGGAUCGUAUGAAAAGAACGCAUGGCACGCAUUUGUGAUGAGCUGGAGUCAAGGAGACGGUCUAACCGCAGUUAUUAGCGGAGAGUCAACCAGUGUGUUGCGUGACACAGCUGGAAGGAUUUUCACGCCAAAGCAAGCCUCUCACUCUUCUUUGAGAAUAGGUCCAGGAGUCCAUGCAGAUGUUGUGCUAAGAGAUGUAGCCAUAUGGGAAGACGCAAUUGCUGAGGAGAGGAUGUCGACACUGCUCGGCUGUAACGAUCUCGAAAGUUGCAAUCCAGGAUGGCUCUAUUUCGAUGGCUCGUGCUACAAGAUGACGGUUGAACAGCCGUACUUUUCUGGAGCUCGCGAUUCAUGCUUGAACAAAGGAGGAGAGUUAGUAAAGAUUUCUUCGGAAGAGGAAAACAACUUUGUUAAAGAUAUGGCAAACAGUGAAGAACCAUGGAUCGGACUCCAGAAAGCAGACGAUGGCAACUUCAGUUGGACUGACGGUUCUGGACUUUCUUUCAGCAAGUUGAAAGGAUUGACAGAACCAUCUGACCCAUGUGUAAAGAUGAACAGCAGUAGAGACUGGGUGACUACAAGUUGCUACGUUUCAAAUUGGCCAUAUCGCAAAUCCACUUGCGAACAAAUUCCUUGGAAUUACUUGGGUUGCUAUGAAGACAGUACGAUUUUACCAAGGUUCGUUUUCAAUCCAGGUGAUUACCGAGUUAGCAGAAUGACUCCUGGUCUUUGCAUGCACUUGUGCGGCAAUUUCAACUUCGAUUAUGCAGGAUUGAGGGAUGACAACAUAUGUCUGUGUUCCAAUUCUACGGCAAACGUGACAGAACGUCCUCGAGAUCUGUGCCUAUCUGCGUGCCUUGGUGCUGGAAAUCUUAAGUGCGGUGGAGGAUCUUACCUAUCCGUUUACAAGGCAGUCCAAGUGCAACAUCUAACCUUAAACCUAUCAGCUGAUUCUUCCGCUGUGGCUCUCACCGCGUUCAACUUAAAAAUAAAAAUAUUACCUUCUCUCUCAGAGAAGACAGACCAAAUUGUUGAGUCUUACGUACUAUUUGUGGGGGACGGUGUGGACUUUUUGAAUUAUAAUGAGACGAAGUCUGAAGCUACGCUUAUAUUCAGUGACCCGGGAAACUACACCAUUAAGGGGAGAGCGAUUGUAAAACAUACAAAAACUGGCCAUCGGUCAGCGGUGGAGUCUUUCAUGAUAACACCAGCGGUGUCUAAUGUUACGGAUAUCGCGUUCAUCUGUCCUACGGCGUAUCCUGUGAAUUUUACGUUCAGCUGCUCUCUGCAAUUUAGUCAAGGAACAAACGUGAACGCUACUAUAGAGUUUGAAGGAGGAUAUUACAGAUCUGGUUUUGUUCCGGAUGCCAUGGUCAUGACUGCGGGCAUACCAGUUUCUGACCCAGGGGGCCAGGUUACUUCUGACGGACUGUACCUAUUACCUACAACGGACGUCACAAACAAAGGAAAAGCUGUGGCUUUUGAAAUGGAUGUCGAUCGAGGUGGCUUCCUAGAAAUCAAGGUUUAUCGCCCGAAGUGUUUAGAUUCCAAGCAGCGUUACUGUCGAGUACAAAGGAUGUGUGAUUCCUCUGUUGGUUGCUGGGAUGGUAAUAAAACAUUUAGCUUUGCAGGAACACAGUGCGUCAAGGAAGAUGGGGCAUUCAGCGAAAACAAAACGACGUCCCAAGCAAACUUUGAUUACGAAAAUAUCUCAAAUUGUACGAUUCAGACAACCAGCGGCCAUAAGGUUAUUUUAGUCGAAAGUUGCACUCAGCAACUUGAGGUUGAAGAAGGCGAUAUCAUUGCUGUGCAAUUUCCUUCUUCUAAGCCAGGUGCGGCAAUUAAAACAAGUUUGUCAAGUAUUUCUCUUUUUUAUAACACGUCGCUCUCAGGUGGUACCGAAAUUCUUCGCAGUAAUCGCCAUCCGGUAACAGCUUCAAGUCCAACAGAACUUCGUCAUGCGCCCGCAAUAGCCAUUUUAUACACCGCAUUGUCUGGGAGAAGCGUUGAUCAUCUAUAUCAGACACCCGGAAAUAAAUCAGUUUCUCUUACACUAAAGAAUUCAUACGGCAAGUUCAACUUUACAGCACAGAUUUUUGUCCAAGAACCGAUAAAAGGACUCGAGUUAAGCUCGCCUGACACUUUCGCAUUGUUAGAACCCGUUAAUAUCACCGCUGAUAAAACUAGUGGCACUGAUUUAACAUACUAUUGGGAAUUCAGCGACGGUGAAAAGAGCAUGACGUUUUCUCCGUUUGUGACCCACAAUUUUACGAGUAUCGGAGAAGUGGAUAUCUUUGUCUUUGCGACAAACGAUGUAAGCUUAGCUGCUUUUCGGUGUUCGGUUGAUGUUCAGGAAAGAAUUGAAGGCUUAAAAUUUAGGAACAAUUCCCUUUUGCCCGUUGAAAAUGGAACACUAGUUAGCAUUGACUGGCUUCUUCGUAAAGGAUCACACGUCAACUUUAACUUCAGCAUCACAUCCAAGGAGUCUGGAUACAAGUUUAACAAGUAUUUUUAUAACGCCAAGACCGUUAAUACAAUAUUGUUCUCCGUUUAUAAAACAAAAUUCAGUAUCCCUGACUUAUACCUCAUCACAAUCAUAGCUGCAAAUAGGGUAAACAAUUUGACUCUCAGAGGAAACUUGAGCGUAGAGCAAAAUCUUACCAGUAUUGAAAUGAAAUUUCCUCCUUUGGUAAAAACAAAACAUGAAUUUAAAUUCGUCAUGUCGCCCCACCAAGGAUACAGGACAGCCACUUAUACUCUGAAUUUUACUGGAGGGAUGGAUUCCAUGGAUUCUAAGAAAAUUAACACCUAUCAAAAAAAUUUAUCACAUGUGUACGAAAAGGCGGGAAACUACUCAGUCGUCUUAAGUGCUGUGAACGAUAUCAGUUCACUCGUUCAAGGCUACUCAAACAUGAUCGUUCAAGACGAGAUAGAAAGUUUUUCUUUCAAUGACCCAGCCGGUGAUGUUAUCAUACAGAAUAAGUCUGAAAGGGUAAACAUAAACUGGUCGUUAAUUCAAGGAACGGAUGUAGAAAUUGUUAUUGACUACGGUGACGGUUACGACGAAUCUUGGGUCAUCCCAAAUCCCAUAUUUUACACAAACACAACAACCUAUGAUUACAAGGAACCUGGAAAAUAUACCAUCAGUUUCAAAGCCAAGAAUCUUGUGAGUGAAAAGUCAUUAAACAAGACAGUUUACGUUGAUCCAUAUGAACUUGACAUCAGCUGUGUGCAAUGUGGGAAGGAAGGAAACCCAUAUGUUGUCAACCCUUCCAGCAAAAUAACGUUUAAAGGACAUGGAGAAACCAAAGGAGGCAAAUCGAUCAAAUUCAACUGGAAAGUAAAAAAUUGUUCUGCAGACGGGAACGACUGCUCAGUGGCGAUGGACUUGAAGGGUUAUAACAGCACCCCAUUGAAUUGGAAAUAUUUUGUUAUUAGACCCGACAAACUUCAAGGUGGUGUAAUAUAUAAGAUCAUCUUAUUUGGAGAAGUUGACGGUGGAAAAAACCGAUCAAAAGAAGUAACAGUCAGGGCGAACACACCUCCUUCAAAAGGGAAUUGUACAGUCACGCCGACGGAGGGUCAAGCUCUGGAAACGCUUUUCAACUUGACCUGUAAUGGAUUCAGUGACACCGAUAAACCAAUAUACUAUGAAUUUCUGUACUCCAAGAGUCCGAGAGACUUAAACCAAAGUUUAGGUAGUGGACCAGACCCUUGGCAGAAUAAUGUUAUCCUUUCUAGUGGGGACAACAUCACAAUAUACGCCAAAGUUUCGGACUCAGUAGGGGCUACCACAAUCGUAACGUUCACAUCAGCUGUUAAGGUGAAAACACUGCCCGUAAGCUACGCAGACAUGACAAAAAAAGCUGAGGGACUUCUGAAUUCUACUAAAGGAGACAUGAGGCGCACCACGUCUAUUGCUCUCACCACUGCUGAGGUUUUGAACGAAAGGAGUACAUCAACCCCAAUUGAUGAAAGCGAGGAGGAAAAAAAAGUGGAGCUGAGAGAAAAACUUGUGGAAUAUGUGGAAUCUAGCGUUAGAGCGACACUGAAUACCAGCGUGUCGGAUGUUAGACAAAUUGCUGGCACUCUUACUGUGGUAACAAGCAAACCCGAACAAAACACAAAUAUUAUGUUGGAGAAACUCUCCGACCUCUAUGAUAACGCAAGUAAAACAAUCUUCGAAAUUGCUAUCCACAAAAGGGAACCUAGCGAGAAAUUAAAAGAGGCAUCGGCAGCAGUGCUGAACGGAGCCGUUAAUCUCAUCAGAACGGUGAACUUCACUCGCGGAGGUGAAAAGUUGCCGUUUGAAGACUCAAACACAACAGAAAAAAAUACAACAGAGAGAGUCAUCAGAACGCUUGAUAGACUGUCGCAAGCUCUUGUAAUUUCAAUGGUCGAUGGAGAGGAACCAACGACUAUCGACAAUGAAGUUCUCUCAAUGGGACUUUCACUUGAAGGUGCUGAGUUUAUCGGCAAGAAGCCCUACAAAGUUGGUGACAGUGAAGUGAAGAUUCCAGAAGGCUCAAUUGAGCUAGGAGAUGAAAUCCUCAAUCAAGUGAGCAUACUUUCUGCGAUAAAACUGUUCCCCGAGGGAAACGACUCUGGCCGCCUAAAUGACAGCAAGUUCGUACGCUUUUCAUUGUUCGAGGUAAAUACUGCCGACAACAGUCGCAAAGCUGAGCAUGAAGUGAAAAAUCUGACGACUGGGAACGAAAUCAGUGUCAUAAUCCCGCUAACUCGUACGCAAUUGAACAGAAGUUUAUAUUGGGCUGAGAGGAAGCUGGUUCUGUCUCAAUACAGUGCGUAUUCGUUUGAAAUUAAAGACAAUAUUUCUACCGUCACGUUUGAAGUUACAACGGAGGCUCCUGUCGAUGUCGAGAUAUUUGUCACCAUAGGCCGUGAACCUAACACAUCCCAGCAUUUGUUCAACUUCAGCGCUAACUUCUUGGCUGAGAAUUACCUUUUACAAAACAAGGUGGCAAAUUUGUCGAAUUCAACUCUUCAGUCAUAUUCCCACAGAUUACUUUUGGCUGAUGAUGUCGUAAAUUUCACAGUUGCUGGAAGAUACUUCGCCAAGAUCAUCUUCAAGAAGCCCAGCAAUCUCACAUGGCUCUCUGACGAAAUAUUCACUGAAAAAAUGCAUUAUAACAUCUCUGUUUAUCGAUCUUGGUGUAUGUUCUUCGACGAGGGAAAUAAUUCCUUGUCAACAGAGGGAGUCAAGGUGGGGCCGAAAACAAACCUCACUCACGUCGAAUGCCUUGCCACGCACUUGACUACAUUUGGAAGCGAUUUCUUUGUGCCACCGAACAGAUUGGACUUUAACGAGUUUAGUCUGCAUGAACUGUUUCAGAGCCCUCACGCACUGAUUGCAGUGUGUACAAUUCUUGGUCUUUACUUUCUGUGUCUAACCGUUGUCAUACGUGCCGAUAAGAACGACGCAUUAAAGGCAGGAGUAACUCCACUCCUUGAUAACGAUUCUCGGGAUACGUAUUGUUACCAGAUUCAAGUUCAUACUGGUUUUAUUCGCGGGGCUGGCACGAGUGCUGAAGUAUCUAUAGUUCUCACUGGCGCUUUGGGCGACAGCGAACCUCGACUUCUGAAAGAUCCGAAAAGAAAAACUUUCAAGACAGGAGCUGUCGAUGCCUUUCUUUUAAUCGUUCCCCAGUCGCUUGGAAACUUGAAACAGAUUCGCGUGUGGCACAACAACGGUGGGACCUUUCCAUCGUGGAAUCUUCUGCGCAUCAUGAUCCAAGACAUACAAACUGAUCAGAGGUGGUGGUUUGUUUGUGACAACUGGCUGGCGGUCGAGGAAGGUGACGGCAAAAUUGAAAGGACUCUCAUCCCUGCGUCUAAGAAGGAGCUGACUAAAUUCAACGUCCUUUUCGCGUCUGAAGUAAGGAAGAAUCUCACCGAUGGCCAUAUUUGGUUCUCGGUCGUGGCUCGACCACCACUAAGCACUUUUACUCGAGUUCAACGCCUGACUUGUUGUUUGUCCAUCUUACUGUGCACAAUGCUCGCAAAUGCCAUGUUUUACGAAGUAGGCAAAAACGAGACGACAAAAAAUGCCAUCAAGAUUAUGGGCUUUAGUUUCUCGAUCCAGUCAGUUUCGAUAGGAAUCAUUAGCAGUUUGGUAGUGUUCCCAGUGAAUCUCGUCAUUGCCACAAUAUUUCGGAAAGCUAGGCCGAAGGAAAGUCGAUACGAAGUGAAAACCGGCGCUGACGAUACAGAUGACGUUGAUGUCGAGAAGGAUGGAGAAAAGAAGAACGCUCCUGCAAGCAAAGGACUCCCGCAUUGGUUUGUGUACGUAGCAUACGGCCUUGCAUUUCUAUCCGUGACUACUUCGGGGACGUUUGUGAUAAUGUAUGGAAUGCAGUUUGGAGCUGAAAAAUCUGUAGAGUGGCUCUCCUCGAUGGCUGUUAGCUUCUUGCAAGAUGUCUUGUUAACACAGCCAAUCAAAGUCUUCAUACUAGCGACACUUUUUGCUCUCCUAAUCAAAGACCCGAAGAAGGCCGAAGAUGAUUCAUACGCGGAUAUCAAUGCUCUUGCAAAGGACGAGGAGUGGUUGCACACGGACAUCACAGACCUUGCUCCUGAAAUACAGAAGACAAUGAAGAAGAUAAUUAGCGACAAGCCGCCAGAAGAGGCAAAGCUGGAGAUUGCUCGUCAGCUCCGCUUGAAAGAGAAGCAGAUGAGCUCCACUAUCCAAGAAAUUUCCUGGUAUAUCAUCUUCUUGUUGGUUCUUCUCACCAUAAGCUACACCAACAGGGACUUAGAUACAUCUCGGGUGACCCAAUACAUGAGGAAUACCUUUGAAAGAGCAAGUUACAGUGGAAACCUAACUUACGACAAGGUACACGAGAUAAAGCAUUACUGGAGAUGGUUGAGUGAGACAUUCAUUCCUUCUAUAAAGCCUAAAGUUCACUACGAUAGUUCGACGCACUAUCAAAAGGGCUAUCUUGCAGACAUUCCAACCGCCUUUCUUUUGGGUGUGGCGCGUCUAAGGCAGCUGAGAAUUAAAAAAGAUACCUGCGUAUACAAACGCGUUUCACGCGACAUAACCGAGUGCAACGACUUCUACAGCAUAAAAGAAGAGGACGAUGGCUGGUAUUUACCAGGUUGGAAGGCCACACAAACCGCAGGAGCUCAAUCUCAGUCCCUCUCUUCUCACAGGCAAGCUUCUCAGUUAAAAGAUCCUUGGAUCUAUAGAAGCGGAGAGGAGCUGAAGACAUUCCCAUAUUGGGGUUACAAAGGAACGUAUAGCGGUGGAGGAUAUGUACAGAAAUUUCCACAGAAUCAGGAUGUCAACAAAUUGCGGAAGAUAAUAAGAGAUCUUAGCUCACAAAAUUGGUUGGACCGCUACACAAGAGCUGUCUUCUCUGAAUUUGCCAUUUACAACGCAAACACCAACUUGUUCUGUGUUGUCACUCUUCUGUUUGAACAGCUCCCAACGGGAAGUCUGUCUCCGUAUCCUAACAUUGUUACCCUUCGUCUCUUCAGGUACGUCGGAGGCGAAAAGGUCUUCGUGAUAACAUGCGAGGUUGUGUACUUUUUGUUCACUUUGUUUUUUGUGGUUAGAGAGGUCAAACUGGUGUUGAAAAAGGGAAGGGUACAUCUGAAGAAUCCGUGGAGCAUUCUGGAAAUCCUUGUUACUCUUCUUUCACUCUCUGCAGUGGGACUGUAUUUCGCAAGGUUAAAACUCACCAAAGAUGCGUUGAGGGAUAUGAAAAAUGACCGAGCUGACUUCAUCAGUUUCCAUUACACAGCUUUCUUGGACGAGUGGCUCAAGUGUGUCAUGGGCGUUAUCGUAUUCCUGUCAUUCUUGAAAGUGUUCCGUCUCUUGCGGUUCAACCGGCGCAUGUCGAUGCUACAGCAAGUCCUCAAAAGGUCCUUCACCAAAUUGAUGUCAUUCAUGGUCAUGUUUGCACUCGCGUUUGUAGCCUAUGCUUUUCUUGCAUGCUUGGUGUUUGGGCAAGAAAUGAAAGCGUUCGGAACAUUUUUGAGAAGUUGUACUUCUUUGAUGGAUACAUUACUCGGCAAGUUCACAUUAAAGGAAUUGUCAACAGCCAAUCGUAUUCUUGGACCGAUUUUCUUUUAUACCUAUACACUGACCAUGUUGUUUGCUCUUCUGAACAUUUUUAUUUCCAUCAUCAACGAUGCAUUUGCUGAAGUUUGCAGCGAUGUAGAGAAGCAGUCUAACGAUUACGAAAUACUCGACUUUAUGGUUCAUCGGCUGAAGGAGGUAUUUGGCAGGACAGAUGGCCACGCCGUUCCACCAGUCUACAGGGAGCGUAAGAGUAAACUGGAGACUAAUUUAGAUAAGAUCGCCGAUGAUGCAGAUAAUGCAACUCACUUCAUGAGGAACAUAGCAUUUGAGGAUAUGAGGGUGACGCGGUGGUUUCAAUUGGAAAACUGCACAAAAAAGAAGAAAAAUUUGAUGCGGCUGCUAAUGGAAGUGGAUUGGGAUUAUCACGAGGACGAACUCUGUGAUUCUAUACCAGUGUUCGAGAGGUUCCUUGAGAAGUACAGCGAGGAGGAACUGGAGAGAAUUCUGCAGCAUUACCACCAAAAACGGAUGGUGGAGGACAUUGUCUUCGAUAAACUCAAUGCUACUGGUGAAUUCGACAACUCAUCCGAUGACAGUAACAGUGCUAGCGAUGACAGCAACGAUAACAAUAGCGGAAUCGUCAGCAACGACGAAAAGAUGUUUGAUGACGAGAUGCCUUUGGAGGACGAAGACGGUUGCAGAGAGGAAUCGAGGAUUACGAGGCCAACACUCAAUGCUAGCCUUUACAGCACGGAAAGCCGUCAGCAAUCAGGUCUUGGUACCAAAUUUGAAACGAUUGGAACUCGAAGUCCCUCCCCGUCAAUUGUGGAUUCAGAGACAGCAACUCUGCUUGCUGGUCUUGCCACAGUGAUGAGUGGCAAAGAGCUUAUAAAGGCAUUGAAGGAUGCGCAGAGGGAAGUAGAAGAUCGCUGGGUUGGUGACCCUGAGUUAGCAACCAGUUUCGAGAAGCCUUUAUCCUGUGAUGAUAUCAGUUCACUGACGUUUGACUGCUAAAAAGGAAGCUCAGGUGAAGAGGACGACGGAUGAGAGAGAACCGCAACAAACUGAAUCAACGAAUGGAAACUAAUUGAAUAGCCUUUAAAAGCAAAACAGUGAGGUAUUUUAGUGGUUUUGGUCCGAAAUCAAACCACCAUUUGUAUAGUUGAAAGUGUUUUAAGUCAGACUUUAGAGAUGCCUAUGUCGCGAUGAUAUGUCGGCAGAUUCUAAUGAAUUGUUAGAUAAGCUUGUUAACACUUAUGGAAUUGUAUUUCUUUAAGGUUUACAAAUCCAUAGAAAGUUUUUCAUUUUAUACAUCAAAUUUUAAGCGUUAAUGUGAACGUAAUUUUUUGAUCCUCGGCGCUAUUUGUUACUACUAGCUAUACGAUUAGGUGUGUACCAUUUCAGUGUUAGUCGAGUAAUGAUCGAUAUCCAAAGAAAGAAUUCUAAUUUAACUCCGAAGCCGAUACGCAAGAAUGCUUUACAACUUUAAUUAUUCGAAUGGUUUCUAAAUACAGAUGAGAACCUCCACAUCUGUUUUUGUGGCUCAGUUGACACAAGCAUGCAACUGGUGUCAGGGAUGCCCAGAAAUGUUUUUGCUGCAAUACCUAAAAUUGCAUUUUAAUUGUACAGAUCAAUUCGUCUUUUAACUUUUGUUGUGGAAUAAAACACUUCCUUGAUCAAGCCUAGUUUCGAGCGAGGCAGAGAGAGAACCAGUUUUUUCUCUUAAAAAGUAAAAAUUUAUUGCUGCAAUGAUUCCGCAUAAGGUAGCAAGUUUAUCGUGGUGGAGAUGAGCAAGAUAUUUAUAAUGAUGAUAUGAAGCUGAAAAUAUUAAUUCUUAGUAACCGAGCGU